AGGGCAAUACACAGAAAAAUAGUUAAACUUGGGGUGACAGUAACUGGUGAAAAUGUUCACCCGGCUAGUUUGUAUCAAUGAUUAUGAACAAUAUGCUAAGUCAGUACUCCAGAAAUCUAUAUAUGACUACUAUAGGUCUGGUGCAAAUGACCAGGAAACCUUGGCUGAUAAUAUUACAGCAUUUUCCAGGUGGAAGCUGUAUCCCAGGAUGCUGCAGAAUGUUGCUGACAUAGACCUGUCGACUUCUGUCCUGGGGCAGAGGGUCAGCAUGCCAAUAUGUGUUGCAGCAACUGCCAUGCAGUGCAUGGCUCAUGUGGAUGGAGAGCUUGCAACUGUGCGAGCCUGUAGGUCCUUGGGAACAGGCAUGAUGCUGAGUUCCUGGGCCACCUCUUCAAUUGAAGAAGUGGCAGAGGCUGGUCCAGAGGCACUUCGUUGGCUCCAACUGUACAUCUACAAGGAUCGAGAGGUCACCAAACAGCUAGUGCAGCGGGCAGAACGGAUGGGUUAUAAAGCCAUAUUUGUAACAGUGGACACACCUUACCUAGGCAACCGUUUUGAUGAUGUGCGUAACAGAUUCAAGUUGCCACCCCAACUCAGAAUGAAAAAUUUUGAGACCAAUGACUUAGCAUUUUCUUCUAAGGAAAACUUCGGAGACAACAGUGGACUUGCUGCAUAUGUAACUAAAGCCAUAGACCCAUCUAUCAGCUGGGAGGAUAUUAAAUGGUUGAGGAGUCUGACAUCACUGCCAAUUGUCGCAAAAGGCAUCUUGAGAGGUGAUGAUGCCAGGGAGGCAGUUAAACAUGGUUUGGAUGGAAUCUUGGUGUCAAAUCAUGGGGCUCGACAACUUGAUGGGGUGCCAGCCACUAUCGAUGCUCUGCCGGAAAUUGUGGAAGCUGUGGAAGGGAAGGUGGAAGUCUUCCUGGAUGGUGGCGUGCGGAAAGGCACUGAUGUUCUAAAAGCUCUGGCUCUGGGAGCCAAGGCUGUAUUUGUGGGGAGACCGGUCAUUUGGGGCUUGGCUGCUCAGGGAGAGAAAGGUGUCCGUGAUGUCCUUGAGAUACUAAAGGAAGAAUUCCGGCUGGCUAUGGCUCUCAGUGGGUGCCAGAAUGUAAAAGUCAUUGACAAGACAUUGGUGAGGAAAAAUCCUUUGGCUGUUUCCAAGAUCUGACAGUGCACAAUAUUUUCCCAUCUGUAUUAUUUUUUUUCAGUAUGUAUUACUUGACAAAGAGACACUGUGCAGAGAGUGACCACAGUCUGUAAUUCCCUACUUUGAUACAAAGGGUGUCGUUCUUCUCCAACAAAAUAGCAAUCCCUUUUAGUUCAUUGCUUUUGACUUUUCAAUGGGUGUCCUAGGAACCUUUUAGAAAGAAAUGGACUUGCAUCCUGGAAAUAUAUUAACUGUUAAAAAGAAAACAUUGAAAAUGUGUUUAGAAAACGUCAUCCCCUGGCAGGCUGACGUGCUGAAAAACAAAAGCUAUCCUUUGCUAAAAUUGAAGGUAGCUCAUGUUGAGGUAUAAAGAUAAUGAUCUCACUGUUUAUUAGCUUGCAUUGUGUUUAGAUGUCCUUCAAACAGUGUGCUCAAAUUGUAAACUCAGGUUCAAAAGUUUGUACAUGUCUGGAGAAACAGACUAGCAUUUUCAACAGUGAAUAGGUAGCACUUGACAGAAUUUGGUUGAGGUGGUGGCAACUUGUUAUUUUAUUUUUUUUGGACACUGAAAGAAAUAAAGCUUUUGAAAA